UUGAAAACUCCCGUUGUCUGAGCUUCACCGGCCGUUGUUUCUCCGGCGAGAGGAUAGGGAGAGAAAGUGAGGAGAGAGAGAGAGAGAAGACGUGACCUUCUUCUUUAUCGAUCGUCUCAGUUCCUAUUUCUCGCUCGAUCUUCAUCCUUUCCUGCCUCCGAUCUUUCUUAUCCAAAUCAAAGGUACCCAUAACAGCCAAAUAAGGAUUGAUCUGGUGAGAUUCAUCUCUUUGUGUCCUGAAUGCAGCUAGUAAACCAUGGCCGAGGAAGCUGACAUUCAGCCCAUCGUCUGUGACAAUGGAACUGGAAUGGUUAAGGCUGGCUUUGCCGGUGAUGAUGCUCCGAGAGCAGUUUUCCCCAGCGUUGUUGGCCGGCCCAGACACACAGGGGUCAUGGUUGGGAUGAACCAGAAGGACGCAUAUGUCGGGGACGAGGCACAAUCCAAAAGAGGUAUCCUUACCUUGAAAUAUCCCAUCGAGCACGGGGUUGUGAGCAACUGGGAUGACAUGGAAAAGAUCUGGCAUCACACUUUCUACAACGAGCUCCGCAUUGCUCCUGAAGAACACCCGGUUCUCCUGACCGAAGCUCCUCUUAACCCAAAGGCCAACAGAGAGAAGAUGACUCAGAUCAUGUUCGAGACCUUCAACUCUCCCGCCAUGUAUGUUGCCAUUCAGGCUGUUCUCUCCCUCUAUGCCAGUGGCCGGACAACCGGUAUUGUGUUGGAUUCUGGAGAUGGUGUUUCUCACACUGUUCCCAUCUACGAGGGAUUCUCUCUGCCACACGCCAUUCUCCGUCUCGACCUUGCAGGUCGUGACCUCACUGAUUACUUAAUGAAGAUCCUCACGGAGAGGGGUUACAUGUUCACAACCACAGCCGAACGGGAAAUCGUCCGUGACAUCAAGGAAAAGCUUUCGUACGUCGCUGUCGACUACGAGCAAGAGCUCGAGACCGCGAAAUCGAGUUCAACCAUCGAGAAGAACUACGAAUUACCAGACGGACAAGUCAUAACCAUAGGAGCAGAGAGAUUCCGUUGCCCUGAAGUACUUUUCCAGCCGUCAUUCGUGGGGAUGGAGGCAGCAGGAAUCCACGAGACGACAUACAACUCGAUCAUGAAAUGUGAUGUGGAUAUCAGGAAGGAUCUGUACGGUAACAUCGUACUGAGCGGUGGUACCACUAUGUUCUCAGGGAUCGCUGACCGUAUGAGCAAGGAGAUCACAGCACUCGCCCCUGCAAGCAUGAAGAUAAAGGUGGUGGCUCCCCCCGAGAGGAAGUACAGUGUCUGGAUCGGUGGCUCCAUCCUCGCUUCCCUCAGUACUUUCCAACAGAUGUGGAUCUCGAAGACAGAGUACGACGAGGCCGGUCCAGGCAUUGUCCACAGAAAAUGCUUCUAAGCUCAUCAUCAACAGCAACAUCCACGCCGCCAAAAGCGCGUUUAUUUCCAUUUUCUCCCCAUUUGAUUGUUUUCUCUUUAUGUUUCACGUGUUCGUCGCUUCGUGUGAAAUCUUCCGGCUGCUGUGGGAAAACUCUUCCGAGGUCGGGGUUUAUAACCAAACUUUAACCUCGGAUCCAUCCGCGGUGUUUUCCUCCUCCUCUUGUUUUAGCCCCUAUUGUUUUGUAGCUUUUGAGUGAUUGAAAUUUGGCUGCUUUCUAUUUUUUCCCCCUCAUAAAGCCUAAGACUAAAAAUGAACUCUUUCGGCCUGUGUUAAUAUAUGGUAUUGUAUUGUAUGAGACGUUAUUUUUUUAUUUAUAUUUUUGGGUGAUC